AAAGCGCCUGAUGGACGACGUUCCCGAGAGAUGGCGCUAAAGGACCACAACAGGACGCCAGCUCGAACCACCGCUCUGUUUUUACGUCACCAUAGCAAUACAUCAAUGCGCCAUAGCAACUUUUUUUUUCUUUAACUGUCUAUGAUAGAAACACGAUCUGUGUGGAGUUUUAACACGGCUUCAGAUUUACUGACUUUCUACGUGUUAACCAACUGAACCAUGGGCAACAUGUACCGAGGACUGAAUAAAAAUAGGAUCCCGUCUUACACCGUUUCAACUUCAAUACCAACACAAUACCAAAGAGUGGUGAUAACAAAUACAGAAAAGAAAGGUUUUUCAUCUCAAGCUAGGAGAUUCCCUUCACAAGUCUGUCUGAAUGAAAAUCCAGGACCAGGCAGCUAUGGCUUUAUUUCCAGUGCUGAAGUCCAAAGUCCUUCCUUCUCAAAGAAAGGCACCACAGGCUUUGUUGCAUCCAAGACUGCCAGGGCUUCUAGUAACCCAAAGAGAGGCAUCCCAGGACCAAAUGCAUACAACCUUCAGAGCUCCUUCAUAGACAAGAAUAACUUCAACGUUGGCGUCUCCAGGGUGUUCAGGCUGCCUGUGGCUGUGCAGCUGGAUGGCCCAAAGCACAAAACUCCAGCACCAAAUCAAUAUGAUGUCAAUUGUGGUUGUAGAGAAAGAUUCUCUACAGUUGUUGGUACAUCAAUUUUCCUGUCAAAAACUGGACGCCACACUUUUUACCUAAACAAAAAUGGGCCAUCACCAUGCCACUAUGAGGUGACCAGCCACACAGUCCAGCAAAGCUCCAAGGCAAUCUUGUCCCCCUUCAAAUCAAAAACCCAGAGAAUCCCUCCUCUGGUCGACAACCAUGUACCAGGCCCAGGAGCCUACAGUCCCCAUCAGACCCCUGCACCUGCGAAGAGGGCCGUCCUGCCGAGGGGAUAUUAUUCGGCAAUAUCAGCGCCUCCUUUGAUUGUCCCUAAGGACCCUCCCUUGCCAGGCCCUGGGCAGUAUGACAUAGGGGAUUAUACCGGCCUGUCUAAGCGUCCCAUGCCGACUGCUGCGUUUGCAUCUAGAACUGAAAGGAUACCCCAAAACCCACAAGCGGACAUGAAACCAGGUCCAGGUUUCUAUGAUCCUCACAUUUUGCCUAAACAAUCCUUCUUUUACAACGACUCCAGAGUCUGGCUUCCUGCAUGAAGCUUUUAAGGAAACCGCCACUGCAGAUAUGAACCUUUUUACACACAUGAACUGUGAUUAUCCAUAUAAAAAUGCUUCUAUGCAAGGUAUGUGAUCUCUGUUUUAACUAGACAUGGGUUCCUGUAUCUCUGAUUUUUUUUUAGAUCAGUAUUUGCUUGAGAGAAAAAAGCUGAACGUUACAUUUUUGCAACUACGUAGUCUCUAUUUCUAACUUUAAAUAGACCAAUGAGAUGUAAGAGGUAUUUUGGAAGAUGAACCCUACUGUAUUUAUCCAUAGUGGUGAUGGAAGGGAAUGCCAACACACUUGAGCCUUAUGUUUUAUCCUCACCUUGAUUUCCUAAUGCUCUAAUCUAGAAAUGAUACAGAUGAAAUGUUACUGCAGUCCCCGACAGCUGCUGGUCCAGUCACCGGUACGCCUCCGUAACAGCUGAGAGCUUGAGAAGACAGCACUGGGCCAACUGCUAGAGGGCAGACAGAAGGGUGGAGUGUGACUGUAUGUGAGCAAUGUAAAUAACUGGGUAUGAGGCAGGGCUAGUGUUUAACCCAAAAGACAAAUGGACAUAUCAGUCAUCAGCCUUCAUCAGACGGUUUUAUUGUGGGAACGGUGGCUAUAUCACUUUUCUGAAGUUUCACAUUUUGGGAAAUAUGCUUGUUUGCUUCCUGGCGUUGACUUGAUUGAUACCACUUUCAUAUUUAAAGCAGCUAUAAUUCAUAUUUUUAUCAUAACAAUGUAUCAGAUGACAAUGUGAAAACAGUGUGACAAUGUAAGAAUGGACUGCUCGCAGUGAUGACCCUGCAGAGAAUUAUCACCUGAAUCUGCAGCUCCCCUCGGCUUUAGGGAGCUUCAUAGUGAAUUUCAGCUCAUUUAGCUGACUGGCUUUGUUUCACUGUCCCUGCUAUCUUAGAGUUGUUUUAAUUUCUUUUCUUUGUUUUGUCUCAUCGGCUGUUAGAGACUAUUUAGUCUAUAUCAAUGACAUUUCAUUUCCGAGGUUGUUCAGGUGCAGCCGGAAAUUCCACUGGAUGUCCCUCAUUUUGGCCGGAUGUCCAUCACCUUCCGCUUUCUUUGUGUUGGCAUUUUUAACUCUGGUCGAUUUUUGAGGACUAUGGUUAACUGCUCCUCAGAUCUCUGCAGGGUAAAUCCAGACAGCUAGCUAGACUAUCUGUCCAAUCUGAGUUUUCUGUUGCACGACUAAAACAACCUUUGAACUUACACAUGUUCCACCAAAACAAGUUCCUUCCCGAUACUAUUUUGCAGCGGCAGGCUCCAUCUGGUGCUAAGCCAACCACCUGCUACCUAUACCUUCAUUUUCCAAAGCGAUAUUAAUGUGAUGUCAAUCUUCUCAUCUAACUUUGUCAGAAAGCAAAUAAGCGUAUUUCCCAAAAUGUCAAACUUUUGAGACAAGUUUAAAACAUUGUUGUGGCAUUUGUUUUUCAUCAGAUGCAGCUGUUGACAUGGAAAUGAAUAGCAUGGAUAGAUAUCAGCUGGAAAUUACAGAAUAAAACAACAACACGGUGCCAAAGAGUAUAUUUAUACCUCUAGCUUUUUUCCAUCUGCAAAGGCAGAGGAUGCUAUUCAGUUUAAACCACAGUGUCAUCUGCUCGCAAGGAAAUCAGUUGGUGAUUUUCCCCCCAGCUCUGCUCUCGAUAACCACACCAACUGCAGACAUGCUUGACUCCCACUCUAUAGCAGCUGUAGUUAUAUUCAGACUCUGACUUCAGCAGUGUGCUCUCCCUCCUGGUGAAACACACAGGGAGGAUCCAGACAAAUGUGUUAAGCUUAACUGCAGGCUUUUUAGGUCAGUGGUUGCCUUUGUGAUUGUGUGUUGGAGGGGCAAUUAACUAUAUGCCUCUAUGGAUUUAUGGGAGGCUCUCUGAACCUCCCCAUGUCUCAGUCAGGUGCAGGCGAGUAUGGACAUGCACUCCCUCAAAGGAAGUUUCAUUGAGAAAACUCUUUGUUGUCGGAAACAUCCAUACAUGUGGAUUGAAUCAGUUGCUCAUCAAUUUUAGCUGAUUAAAAAUGUGUUUUAGUGCUUUAACCAGGUAUAUUAGGUUAGAUUUGGUUCUAACCGUUAGCACUAAUAGUCUGAGGGAUCCAGUAAAAGUAAUUUGUCUUGCUUAAGUGAUGCUGCCGGCAUCAAAGAAGAGCUAAAUAUGUCAACUUAUGUCUGUCGCUUGACAUUACGUCAGUGGAUUACAGCCACAAUUUGUUCUGCUGUCAUUUAAUGAGUCUUACACUUAAAGAACACAUGCUGUAUUUGUGGAAUCCUUGACAAUCCGAAAUAUUAUGAGAAAAACACGGUCAAGCGUUUCAAAAUGUUCCUAUCCUGUUUGUUCAUCAUAUUUUAGCCAUACUAAUUGCAAUUGGGAUGGAAAUGUGGGUCAGUUGGUCAGUCCACUGCUAGAUCUAAAAAAAACAACGCCCAAAUAGAUUGCCAUGAAACCAUGUACAGCCAUCCAUGCUCCCUGUAGGAUGAAAACUAUUAGACAAAAACUAUGUUGCCGGAUUGAAAUCUGGUGCAGAUAUUCUUGGUGCUGAGAAGAUGAAUAUUAAUGACGUUGGUGAACCCUUCAUUUUUUUUAUCCAACGCCAUCAUAAGGUCAAUAGUCAUUUUGUUUCUUUUUGAGGUUAGCCUUGAAAAUAACAACAUCCCGCCCCCUCUUCCUUCUAUACCACACAACUUACAGUAGAAAAAAAAAACACAAGUGUGAUCAGUGUCAUCAAGCACCUCUCAACCUGUCUGAAAUCUGAUGGUACUAGUAGUGGCAUGAAAAUGCAGCAACAAAUUGUUAGUGUGUCUACUGUAUGCAGCCUAUAAUGUACACGUGUAGGUUCUUGUGCAGAUGAACAAGAUAUAUGGGGUUUAUUGAGCUCUGUUUGCCUUUACUCUACCACUGCAUUGCAUUUCCUGCCCUUGCAUUUCCAAAUCCCAUUACUGCAUCAACAAAUCAUUUUUUACCAGAGACUCCAGACUCAACAACAGAGCCAUUUGCUGCCUCAGAGGCACCAACGGUUCAGAUCUAAGUCCAUUAGCCCCGAUGGAGCUGCUUCUCUUCCCUUCUCAUGUGUUGCAGGGCAGCCAGUGGAUUGAUUGGCAAUGUUUCAGCACAUCACAGUCUAUCUUUAUCCUCUAUGUACCAUGUUUAAAGGAAUACUUUAAAAUUAAAGCCGCUAUUAUCUGCUCAGCCAUACAUCAGCUAAAGUUAUUUUUAGAAGGAUAGUUUUUGAUCGUGGGAGGUGUUUUAACUGUAUUCAGGCUAAACUAAAAGGAAACGAAAAGACGUCUCUAACAUUAGCCGCCAACCAAACCAAAGAGUCCUGAGGUCUAUGAAGUCCUUAGUGUCUUCCCUAAGCUAAGUGGGUCAUGCAUAUUUAAUCUCUCUGGUAAAGCUCACACACAUUUGGCCUUUUAGCAUUAGCGGUAGCUCUAACAUCAUGAUGUGUCCUGCUCUAAAAAGUCUUAAAAUGAGCGCUUGGGGAAUUUAUAUAAUGCGUUUUAACAUAUGUUUGUACACAGUUCCAUCCUUUAUGUCCUGCAGAUUCAAGAAAAAAACAAUGGCGAACACAGAUGACCUCAUUUAUAAUUAAUCAGAAUUUUAUAUUCAAAUGAUCCACAGAAGGAGGAAAAAACGUAGUGGGUGUGAUUCUGGUCAGACUAUUUAUAAAAAUAUGACACUCCUCCUUAACCCUGAAGGAGCCACCUUUAUCUCCAUCUAUGAGAGAAUAUGUCAUGUUAAAAAAUAACCAUCACCUUGAUAUGAUAAUAUUUAUCACUGAUGUAAAAGCGUUAUUAUAUAUGUACAAGUUAUCCAAUCAUUUUUUUAUUUAGGCGUUCCUCAAAUCAGCCACUGUAUUUUAAUAAAACAACAACAAUAAAACAGUUUAAGGCUGCCAUGGUGUCAUAUACAAGAUUCAUUUAUUCAUUCAUCCACGUGCUGCUCUCUUUUUUAUCAUUUAAGACUGGGGUGCAGAUUUCCUCCUGGAUGACUGAAAAAGCAAUGGCAGAAAGGUCAUGUCAAUUGUUAAUCCGCUUUUUAUUGUCAAUUUCAUGAGGAGCAUACAGGCAGAUAACUACUGUUAGUUAUACAUGGAAAACAUUGCAAUACACAGUGUUAGCAUAUCCCUGAAGAAAUCAUGCUUCUCCUACAAUAGUCUACCAUUGGUUGGCCACUCAUUGGUAGGUUUAUAGAGCCAUUGAAGGCUAGGCUUACUUUGUUUUAUUUAUUUUGCUUAUUGGUAUUCCAGUAUCUUUCCCGUAAUAGCCGAUUUCUGUUGAUUAUGUGCUAAUUAAGGCAUAUUAUAUGACAUUAUGAAGUAUUUUCCUAAUGGAUCUCUUGUCCAUUAAGUGAAUAAUGCUCUUGGCUGUUACAAACCGUUAAUAAACGUAUGAUUAAUUGUUGUAAAGAUCUGUAAUUACACAUACCGUCAGACGUGUACGCCGUUAUGACAACUCGCCUCGCUCCAGGCAGCAGGGCUGUCUUCAGCUGCUGAAAAUCAUCUGAUGGUUCAAACCAUUCACGGGGUCCAAGAGGACACGUUUGUUUUAAUACUGCGGCUAAACCCAAUAAACUAGGCCUUAUAACAUGUUUUGUUUCACGUUUUUAAUCGUCGUCGAUCGAUUAUUUGAUCUCGGGUUUAAUGUGUGAACUAGUUUGUUCCUUUGCAAAACAGUUGGUACAGUCCAGUUGUCCGGCAUGCGGUUUUAACGUAGGUGGCGUCAAGCUAGCACAAGGAAGAAAAUGACUACAAACGGAAAUUAAGUAAUGUUACCUUCAAAAUAAAAUAUGGUUCUUUUAAAAUGGAGCCAAGAAUGUUUGUGAUACCUGAAAAUAAAACAUGUUUUUAAUGCAUUUGUUGUAUAUUUUUCUAUGAACAAAAGUAGCGGUAUGCAUGUCAAUUCAGUUACUAUGGGACUGUUCCACUUUGCUGUGAAGAAACUUCUGGGACAAUAGGUGUAUUUUUGUGAAUGACUAUAAAUAAGUUUGUAUUGUGUACUCCGUCUUGUCUGGUUAGUGUUGUACAUCAUUGUUUGUCUAAUUGGGACAUGCAAAGAACUGCAGACCAGCAUUGGCUUCAAGCAUUUGUCUUUGAUGUUCUAUGUAUGCCUACAAGUAGUCUACGAUAUCAUGCUGCUAAAAAAUAGGCCAAUUUGUUGUAAAACCUACUGAUCAAAUUCCCCACGUCUCAGAAUGUUUUGAGUAUCUUUACGAGAUGAUUGUGUUUGUUAAUUACUA